AUGGCACCUGUAUUUACAACCGUCUGUUCUCGCAGUCCAGAAGCACUCUUGUCUUUCACAACAAGCACCGCAACUUCGCUUCUUCCUUGUACAAAGAAAACCACUCGAUUCACUCCAAUCACCCACCCACAACACCUUCCCCCACUUGGCGAAUUCAUCGCCACAGUCUUCAAACGUUCCCAGCUACCACCCUGUGUCUGCCUAGUAUCUCUGAUCUACCUCCAAAGACUCAAAAACAGUCUGCCACGUCACGCACGUGGCGACAUCGAUACCCCUUAUCGUCUAUUUCUCGCUGCCAUUCUCACAGCCUCCAAGUUUCUUUCGGAAACCGGCUCCAGCCUCACAAGCCAGGCAAUUGUCGACAUAAUAGACGGUGUAUAUUCCCCCAAAGACGUCAAUCUCAUGGAACGUAGCUUCCUCGGCCUCAUCAAAUACGAUUUGUUUGUAAAUGUCGAGGCAAUUCGUGAUUAUCUAGCCAUGCACGGUAAAUCGCUCGAAAUGGAUCUUAUUGAAGAUGUUCUGGACCACCAAGCCUAA